AUGGCCGACGAAUGCCGGCCCAGGUCUAAAAGACGUUGCAAGUAUCCGCUGUAUCCGGUUGACAUAGUUUAUCAUGGUGACCGCAAACGUGGCAAAUGUCGCGUCUACGUCUUCGCUAAGCAGGUCGCGUGCCCGGACCCGUGCUACCGGCGUGAGCUCGUUGUCCUCGAAGUCACGGGAUGGAUGCCAUGCAUGUAUCUCAAGGUGAAGGAUGGCGACAUCGGCAAAAUGAAGCGUACCAUUAUGGAUCGCAUUGGACAAAGCACGCGAGACGACGGAAUUGACAUGUCAAGUGAGUUGACGUUCAUCGACGGCUAUGGCUACCACCAGGACGACGCCAAAGAACCAUUCAUCAAGGUAUCUAUUGGUGAUCCAAGUGUGUAUAAAAAAUUUGCCGAGAUCGUGCCAUACGAAGUGUACAUGGCGCAGGUGGACCAUGUGUGCCAAUUUAAGGUCGACGUGGGGCUGGCCCAUCGUAACAAACUCCUCGUCUUGGGGCCUCACUUCGAGUACAACGAACGGAGUUCCCGCUUUGUAACGUCGGUGAACAACCUCAGGACAGUGGACAAUGUCGGUAAGGAGACUCCCGUGUUGAAAGCCAUGAGCAUCGACAUCAAGUGCAUCUCUCACUCCGGUAGCUUUCCCAAGGCCGAAGAUAAGGACUACAAUAUUAUCCAGAUCGCUUCAGUGGUCACUACGGAUGUGUUGCGAGCCACCCACGACAGCGACGACUUUCGGAAGUACGCCUUCGUUGUCGGCUCCUGUGACUCCGUGGAUAAUACCGAAGUGAGGCAUUACGACAGCGAGUCCGACAUGCUCGAGGGGUUUAGGAAUCACGUGGUGUCAAUGGACCCGGACGUCAUCACGGGUUACGAAGGGCGCAGUUUUCAAUGGCCCUAUAUUCUGGAAAGGUUCCAACAUUUGAAGUUGAAGCCGUCGUUUUCCCGACGCCGUUACGGCGGGGAAUGGUCCCACUACGUACUCGGCAAUAAGGAGUUCGUUGCAUCACACGAUCGGAUUCUGGUCGACAUGUGUGAUGUAAUCACGGCCGAACAGAAACUCAAGUCGCACAGCUUGGACUGCGUCGUCAGGGAGUUUAUACCAGGUGAGGUGCAGUUGGAAGAUGUCACGUAUGAGCAGGUGAAAGAGUUUCACGAGGGCGAUUCUGCCACGAGAUCCAGGAUCGCCGGAUGCUGCGUGAAGCGCGCUCUCAUGCCACUGAAGCUCAUGAUCAAGUUCAACACCAUGAUGUCCAUGCUCGAAAUAUCCAACAUAACGGGCGUGCCGAUGCGCUACGUAUACAGCAGGGGUCAGCAAGUGCGUGUCAUGACUCUCAUCGCCAGGGAGGCGCAAACCCGCCGAAUGUUAUUUCCAACAAGGAAGGAGACGUUGGGCAAGAAUGGACAACAAGGGUACUGCAGUGACUACCUUGAUGACCUUAAUGACUCUGAUGAUGAAGAGGAAGCAAGUGCUAAGAAACCGGCCUUUCCUAGAAAGAGAAAGGCAGAAAGUAGUGACCUAAACAACACGGCAUAUCAAGGAGCCAAGGUGCUCGAACCAAAGGUUGGAUACUAUAAAGAUCCGGUGUGCACAUUGGACUUUGCUUCCCUGUACCCGAGUAUCAUCAUCGCUAUGAACCUGUGCUACUCGACUCUUCGCCUGAACGUAAAGCGGCAGAUUGAGAAUAAGGAAAAUAAAGAAAAACAAGACGAAGAUUGUUAUGAAUAUGCACAAGGAAAACCUUCCCCGGAAGGGGACGAGUUCGUGCCCGAGAGUGUCAGGAAGGGAAUCUUGCCGACGAUUUUGGUCGACCUUCUGAGAGCGAGAAAGCAAGUGAAAGAGGAGAUGGCCAAAUUCGAGCACGACCCGUUCACGCGGUCACUCCUUAACGAGCGCCAAUUGGCCAUCAAGAAGUGUGCGAAUUCAGUGUACGGCUUCACGGGUGCCGUGCGCUAUGGAAUCCUGCCCUGCAUUGAAAUUGCCCGAUCUGUGACGGCCUACGGCAGAACUCUGAUGGACAAGACGGUUUACUACGUAGAAAAGAAAUACACCGAGCACGAAGUUAUUUACGGAGACACAGACUCGGUGAUGAUCAUCUACCGACGCAAGACGGUGGCCGAAGCCAUGGAGAUGGGCAAAGAACUGGCCGAGACAAUUUCGCGGAAAUUUCCUCACCCCAUAGACCUAGACUUUGAGAAAGUCUUCAAGCCAUACCUGCUUCUCGGCAAGAAGAGGUACGCGGGCGCCGUGUACUCUUCCAACCCCAACACGCACGACAAGGUCGAAGUCAAAGGCAUCGAGAUGAUACGUAGAGACUGUUUGCCCUACCUGGCACGCGUCAUGGAAGCUUGCAUCCACGAAAUGAUCGUGAAAGAGAACAUACCGGCUGCUCAGGAAAUAGCCCAAAGGGCAAAGGAUGAUCUGCUGUCGGGUAACGUGGACAUUGCAGAACUGACCUUGAGCAAGAAGUACAACAAGGAGAAGUAUGAGAGGCCCCCGACACAUUGGUACGUUGUCCAAAAGAAAAAAGAUAGGGGAGAGAAACCUGCCAUCGUGGGUGAUUGGGUUCCGUACGUUAUAUGCAAAGAGCUCGAAACGGACCAGGAGAAACUUCGAAAGGAGUGUGAAGAACGGCCACAUGAGUUCCUCAAGGGCAGGAACACAGGCAGGAAGCGCUACAUUCGUAAGCUCGCAUACAGGGCUGAAGACCCGGAGUUUGUGAAGAAGAAUCGCUUGCCCAUUGACUACGCCCAUUACGUGAAAAGCAACUUCCAGAAACCUUUAAAGAGACUCUUUGCGUGCGUACAAGGUGGGAAGCCUAAAACGGCCACCGCCAGACAUGGCAAGACAACAAGAAGGAAAUGA